ACUUCACCCUUUUUCAUAGUAAGAGCUGCUCGACAGCUCCUGAACUCUGGUGGCAGUUUUUAAAAGCUCAUUCUAGUCUUCUGAUCCACUUUUCAGUUUGCAGUCGAAGCUUGCUUGAGAAUUAUCAACAAAAGUUAGUUUUUGAGGUGUCAAAGUUACUUUUUCAACGUUUCUCAUCAGAAUAUUACUCCCAGAGUACAAAAUGUCGAGAGGGCGGAAACGGAAAUCGGAAAAGGGGCAAUUUUCUGCUGAGUCUAUGAAGAAUGCUGUGAUUGCAGUGCUACGUGGAGAAGAUGGGGUGAAAUUAUCAAUUCGAAAAGCUGCACAGAAGUAUGGUUUGAAGUUUCAAACCUUACAGAGGUAUGUGAGUAAGCAAAGAGCUACUCCCAAUGAAGAAAUUUCCAUGGCACCAAAAUACAAGAGCCGGCUCAUCUUCAAUAGAGAAGAAGAAAGCUCUUUAGCUGAAUAUCUAAUCACUUGCUCGAAAAUGUGCUAUGGAAAAUCUACUAAAGAUUUCAGAGAGUUAGCUUUUGAAAUGGCAAAAAUGAACAACAAAGAAGUUCCAGAGAGCUGGCAGAGGAAUAUGAGAGCAGGUGUUGAUUGGAUGCAGGGAUUCCUAAAGCGCAACCCACAGGUGCGGAUUCAUCAACCAGAGGCAUGCAGUUUGUCGCGAGCUACAUCAUUCAACAAACACAAUGUUGGAAUUUUUUUCGAAAAUUUGAAGUCUGCAUAUAAUCGUUCAGAAUCAUUCUGUGAUGGUACUAGAAUCUACAACCUAGAUGAGACUGCAACAACAACUGUUCAAAAACCUAAAAAAGUUCUAGCAUCUAAGGGCAGCAAGCAAGUGAGUAAAUGCACAAGUGGAGAACGUGGUACAUUAGUUACCACCUGCUGUAUUGUGAGUGCAUCAGGAAACAGUUUGCCACCUGCAAUGGUGUUCCCAAGAAAAAAUUACAAGGAACAUAUGAUUAAUGGUGCUCCUGCAGGUACUCUAGGUCUUGUAACCAGUAAUGGAUGGAUGACAGGUGAAGCCUUUAUUUCUGUAAUGAAACACUUCAUUAAACACAGUGGCUCUACUAUGGAAAAUCCGACGAUUCUCAUUUGUGACAACCAUGAGAGUCACCUGACUAUUGAAACAAUCGACCUAGCAAAGCAGAAUGGAGUCAUUAUUGUUACACUGCCCCCACACUGCAGUAACAAACUGCAACCUCUAGACAUCAGUGUUUAUCAGCCAUUUAAAGCAUAUUACAAUACUGCUGUAGACUCUUGGCUUCUGCAUCAUCCAGGCACUCCGCUAACAAUUUAUCAAGUUGCUCAAUGUGUAGGCAUCGCUCAUGAGAGAGCAAUGACACCAGCCAACAUAAAGGCUGGCUUUCGUAGGAGUGGAAUAUUCCCAUUCAACAACAACCUAUUCACAGAUGAUGACUUCUUAGUGAGCUAUGUAACAGACCGGGCAUAUGACAAUGAUUUACCUAGUGCUGUCCAAGAACAAGAUGAAAAUGAAGCUGAGCCAUCAUCUUCCACCAACUUGACUUCUCCACAUGAUGAAUUUUCUAUACAAAUCCCACAACCCCCCUCCCACAAAUGUGAUCAACCUGAUGUUUCAUCUCCUGCUAGUAGGCCUUUCAAUUCCAAACAGCAAUUCAUUAGUCCUAAUGAUUUUAAGGGAUUUCCAAAGGCUCCAGCAAGAAAAAAUGGAAGGAAACCUUGAGUCAAGCUAUCGAGCAGCAUUAUCACAGACACUCCUGAAAAAGCUAAGAUUGAAGCUAGACGUGGAAAAAAACUAUUGAAUAAACGACCUGUGAAAGUUUUGUUCCCCAGGAAAAAAAAACAACCAGACAUUGACUAUGUUUCCAGUGAGAGUGAUAAUGAACUCAACAUUUCUACUUCAAGCAGCAGCUCAUCAGAUUCUGAAGAAGAAAAUAUUAAAGAAAUAGAUUCAUCUGAAUUCGACCAACUAGAUCAAGAUCCUCAAGAAGAUGACUUUGUUCUCAUCAAAUUCACCCCAAAAGACAGUGGUAGAGUUAUAUUUUAUAUAGCAAAAGUAACCAGCCAAAAGGACACCAAAGGAGAACUUACAGUCAGUUACCUAAGGAGGAGUGCAAAAUGUCCUGAUUAUUUUUGUUUUCCUAUCA